CGCACGCGCACAAUCGCGAGGCAGCAUCGCUCGGAUCCUGCAGAAAACGCCUUGCAAGAGGUUGAGCCGCUGGUAUCAUGUCGGAAAUGCAGCGGUUGUCCGAGCUCUAUGAAGAAAGCAAUGACCUGCAGAUGGAUGUGAUGCCUGGCGAGAGUAACCUUCCACGGAUGGAGGUAGGCCGUGCGAGCCGGGCGACGUCCGAGAACUCUUCCCGCAACCGGGCCCCGCCACAGCUCGAGGAGGACGGCCUAAUGGAGGAGGAGGGGACCCUGCCAAUGGCGAGGCCAGAGGGCGACCGAGGCCUUGCCAAGCGGCCCAGCCCCGGGGAGCAGCCAGGCCAGGCUGCUGGCCUUGACUUCGAUGAGAGCGAGGGUGAGGAAUUUGAUGACUGGGAAGAUGACUACGAUUAUCCAGAAGAGGAGCAGCUGAAUGGUGCAGGUUACAGAGUAUCCACGGCCCUUGAAGGAGCCAACAAGAUGUUUCUGGGAACGUCCAGAGCAAGAGAAGCAGCUCUGGAUGGUGGUUUUCAGAUGCAUCAAGAGAAGACCCCAUUUGAUCAGUUGGCUUUUAUUGAAGAGCUUUUUUCACUUAUGGUUGUCAAUCGUCUGACCGAAGAACUGGGAUGUGAUGAGAUUAUUGAUAGAGAAUAGUUAAAUGCAGUUAAAGAGGAGGAAACUACUUGAGGAAGGACCCAAAAUUCCAGUGUCUCGGGUUUAUUCCAGAUAGUUCUGUGCCAACGAAAAAGUUGAUCUUCAAAAAAAAAUGUUUUUCUGUUUUGCAGAAUAGACUGGGUAGUGACUGUACAGUUGUGGAAAAAAAAAACUGUUAAAGAAAAAGGAUGUUAGGACUGUUGAAACUUGUUUUCAAGAAUAUCCUGAAACACCUAUGGCUUUGACUUUGUUAUUGAUCCAGAUUUUCUUUGCAUUGGGGAAAAUUCCAUAUAUCACUGUAAGGAAUGAUUUUGCAAGAAUAAGUCAAGACCAAGACAAAUUGCCAGUACAAGAGCUAAUUACUGAUACUAAGUACAAGAGGAAAAGUAGUAUGUCCAACUUAAAACACCAGAUGUCUUUGAGUUACUUGGACAGGAAGCCUAUUGAGAAAACUUUGAAGGUUCCACUUCGUGAUCUGUCCAAGCUAUAGUUAUCAAAGGCUAAAUUUUUAGUGUAUGACAAUUGAACCACCUUAGUAUUGCAGAAGGGUAAGCAAACCCAGAAAGAAAUAUGUUUCAUGUGUAAUGUAUCUUAACAUGUUUCCAAGGGCAUCUGAAAUUGUAUUUGUACAUAUAUCUUGAUCAAUAAUAAAGCUACUGUGAUCUGUAAUUCAAGAAAAUUCAUUAUCUUGAUCAUUUUUUAAAAGUCAGAAAUGAAAUCUUAAAUUUUCACAUUCAGACAUUAAAAAUAUGUGUAAAAGUACAAAGAAAACUAUUUCUAAUACUCUCAUAUCUUAGGGAAAUUUUGUUUUAUCUCUCUGGUUUUCAUUGAACUUUACAGGGAAAAGACUGGUUGAACUUCAUAAUAAAAGAAGUAUUAAGUGGAAGUUGUCAAGUAAAGGAAGGCCCUACAUUGAAAAAAGAUGUUAUGAACAAUUAUGCCAUCAACCUUUAAAGGUUUUAAACCUGUCCAGAAAUUUCUGAAGUUUCCUUCUGUCUCCUCCUCUAAUUAAGCUUGUUAUUGGUUAUGCACCAGCAUUUGAGACAAUAAAAUUUCUUGGUCUGUGUA